CAAACCCACCACCUCCUCCUAAUACCUUUCCUCUCUUUUAUCCCACUGUCUUCUUUCUCACUAAGUUUAGCAUCCUUGUCUCCUUCUUCACUAAGAUAAUAGGAUCCAUCCUUCUACAUAUUAAGAAACAUCAUAACAGUCUGUUUAUCUAUUUCAAGGGAAGUCUCAAGUUUCCAUACCUCAAUUCCAUUUUGGAGAGAGAGAGACAGAGACAGAGACAGAGACAGAGACAGAGACAGACGGACGGAGACAGAGACAUAGAGAGAUGGGUGCUGAUUGGGGACCAGUCAUUGUUGCCGUGGUCUUGUUCAUCCUCCUUUCGCCAGGGCUGCUAUUCCAAUUACCGGCAAGAACUAGGGUAAUGGAGUUCGGAAACAUGAUGACAAGUGGGAUUGCUAUUCUGGUUCAUGCUGUCAUAUACUUCUGCAUACUGACCAUCUUGAUCAUAGCAAUUGGUAUUCACAUACAUGUCAACUAAUCCAUAUCAUUUUCAGCCACCACCCACAGUGGUGUUUGUUCUUUUCUUUUAAUUUUUUUCUGAAGUGAUUCUUCCUCUUUCUACUACCGUGCUCCUUCUUUAAUGUUGUCCUGCUACCUGAUUGGUUUAGUUCACUUCACACUCGGCAUUGACACAUUGUAAAGGAGCAUCUCAAUGAAUUGGUUCAUAGCAUCAAUCAGGCUCAACAACGCAA